AUGAACUCAUCGCGGGUUGUGUUUCCUGCCAACUUCUCAUACGAGGAUCCACUUCCUUUCGAGUGUAAUGAAGAUCCAAAUGUGGUAUUAUCGUUGGCAAUGUAUGGAAUGCAAUCAAGUUAUCUGAUUGUUGGAGCUGUCCUCAAUGUCAUGAUUGUUUAUACUGUGUUCCACGGGAAUUCAUACAGGGACAACUCAUUUUAUAUGUUGUAUUGCGCCGACGCAAUCGUGGGAAUAUACAUAAACACUGCAGAAGUAAUCUUUGGUCGUAUCUUCAUCUACAUAACCCCACUCUGUCCAAUUGCUAGCCCAUACUUCUUCACUCCAAGUAUUCUGACAAAAAUGUACUAUGCUGCAUUGCAUUAUAGUUUGGGAUUCAAGACAUUUUCACAAAUUUUCAUGAGCUUCAAUCGGAUGACCUGUGUUAUUUUCCUAAUGAAGCAUUUGAAGCUAUGGAAACAAAUAUUGAAGCCUGUCUUAAUUAUUACAUUCAUCCUCCCGCUUGGUGUGAUCUGGAAAAUUUUGUUAUCCCGUGUGUACAUCAACCCAAACGGAGCUGGAUUUUCGGUGAACUACAAAGAUUAUUUCCCAUGGGCGAAUAUUUCAAUUCUUCAUCUGUUCCACUUCACACUUUGCUUUGUACUAGUUAUCAUAUUCUUUGUCGCAACAAUUCUUGGUCUGACAAUGCUGAAACAAAGAAUUAAGAGUGCUGAAAGAUCAUUGACAAUUGUUACGAUGAUUAUGGCAGUGCAGACAGUGACUUUCGCAUCUAUUCAGAUCUACUUUGUCUUUUUCGCGGCCUACACUCCAAAGAUCCGAAGUGUCCUUCUACAAAUUGUGUCAUUUGUUUUUGAUUCUCUUUAUGUAUUCAGUCCAAUUGCAUUAAUUGUGAUGAGUCGGCAACUUCGAAAAGAUAUCUUCAAUUUGAAGGAUAAGGAAACUCAAAUAUCAAUGUAUCCUAAUUCAGAAUUGUAA